AUGAGCAGCAAGUGGUCAUUCCUGCUAUCUGUGGGGCUGGUCCUCAGCCUCACAGGCCGAAUGCAAUGCUUCGAACCACUCUUUGCAAGUGGGUCCCUAACUCACAAGGACAUCACCAUAAGGGCAAUUGUUCAAAAGACUGCCGAGGUAUGCAGAGACAUUGCUGCUGUAAAUGGACAGGACUUCAGUCUGACAAUUGAUGACAGUCUAACCAUUGAACAAGUACUCGAGGCAUGCUUCUCCAGUUCCUCGUUACUGUCCAGUUUCCAGUUCAAUUCAGCCAUUGCUGAAAUUUUCUUAGCUAAUGCUUUCGUGGAUAGACGUUUGUUCGGUAACGUGCACCAUUUUGAUGAUGAGGCCUUCCAAGGAGGACGAGACAUAAUAACACGAGGUGUGGCUGAUGUGAAGGACAAUGUGAGAAGGGAAAACUUCGACAUAGCGCGUUUCAUCCUUGGAAUGACACUUCACACACUGCAGGCUUUCUACAGCCACAGCAACUGGGUGGAGUUGGGCAACCUGGCUCCUUACAGUGUUUUGAUAAGACCUGACCAACCCCUUGACAACCUGGCAGGCAUUGAUGUUCCAACUUGUAGAAAUUGUGACGGCGAUAACUGUGAUGACAACAUUUUGCCCAAUGUGUUGGCGAAUAGGCUUCUCACAUCAGGCUACUUCAGCCUCUUCUCUUCAGCAAAGCCAGACGGUAAAUGUAGCCAUGGCGGUUUGGACGACAGGACGAGCAGAACUCCACCAAUAGGUGGCAUCAAUAAGAACACAAUUGGUUCGGAGCACGGCUCAUUACACAAUCAAGCGGCCAAUUUAGCUAUAACUGCUACUAUGGAGCUUCUGGAGGAUAUCAGAAUAGCUGGAGGAGACAAGAAUUUCCUACGACUGAUGGGCCUCUCCCAGACUUCUGUGCUAUGUUUUGUCAUCGACACCACUGGAAGUAUGAUUGACGAGAUAGCCGAAGUCAGGAGACUUUCUGCUCAAAUUGUUGAAAGUAGGAGAGGAACCAUACUGGAGCCGCCAGCCUACAUAUUGGUUCCCUUCAAUGAUCCAACUUUCGGACCUCUACUAAGGACAAGCGACGCAGAUUUUUUCAUAGAUGAGAUCAAUAGGCUGAGGGCCUCUGGAGGUGGUGACCUCCCAGAGUUCAGCUUGUCCGGACUACAGCUUGCUCUGACCGGGGCUCCACCCUUAUCGGAGAUAUUUGUCUUCACUGAUGCAGCGGCAAAGGAUGCGUUUUUAAGGAACACCGUCAUUGCCCUAAUUGAGGAAAGAAAGUCCGUGGUAACAUUCAUUCUGACAAACAUCCUCUUGCCCGGAAGACGUAAAAGAGACGUUCAAAAUGCGACGUCUCGAAUAUUGCUUCCAGAAGCUUUGCAGUUGUACCGCGACAUUGCCAGGGCAUCUGGAGGCGAAACUAUUGAAGUCAGGAACUCACCGACAGAGUUCGCUCUGGCGACAUCUGUUAUCGAGGAAUCUCUAAGAAGUGCAACGGUGAUAGUUUUUCAAGAGGAAAGCAGCAAAUCUCAAACUUUCCAAUUUACCAUUGAUAACUCACUACAGAACGUGAUUAUCUCCAUUACAGGGAAUCCAGAUCUUACCUUUAAUCUCACCAGCUCAACUGGUGUAACUCAGAACUCAAGUGAGUCCAGUGGCCCUCUGGCAUCUUUUAUUUUGGUAGGUACCCUUCAUCGACUGAGGCUCAACAACGACAGUGAAACUGGACUGUGGAAAAUCAGUGUUGACUCCGAAGACCCCUUCUUAGUUAGGAUUACAGGUCAAAGUCCAGUGAACUUCAUCUACAACCUUGUGGAACCCCGUGAAGGACUCACAGCAAGAUUCUUUCCAUUUGUUGGGCGGCCAUUUUCAGGAAGUAAUGUUACCGCCCUGAUCACACUGACAGGAAGGGAGAAUGAAACUGUCUCAGAGGUCACGCUGUUUGACAGCGCAGGACCAACAGAGGUCAUCGGUACAUCAGAGUUUUUAGGAGGAACUGACUACCUGGUGACAUUCAAUGAGAUUCCAGAUGGUGAUUUUGUGCUUCGACUCAGAGGAACCAGCAACUCCUCAAAAUCAACUGCAAACAUGUUCCAGAGGCAGGCCGCCACUCAGAUCUCCACAUCUAAUGUUUCUGUUACUGCUCAAGUCAACAUCACCAUUAUAGAACCAGGCUCUACUAUCUUUAUCCCGUUCACUGUCUGCAUAAUGUCUAGAGGUGUAAUUAAUGAGACCACGGAUGCGACAUUCACAGUGCGCGCUACCAAUGACCGCGGCUUUGAAUCGUCGCCGCCAAUGUCUAUCACCGUACAAGCAGACAGUGGAGGGAAAGCCAAUGGCACCGUGAGCCUAACCGUUCCUGAAAGUGCAGAAUCAGGGACCGAUGUGACGCUGACAAUUGAGGUACAGAAUGAAGUUUCAGCUGAUAUCAACUUUGCUGUCGUCAGAUUUGGAGUUGCUAACAUGUCUCGUGACAUUACCCAGCCAGUGUGCAUGAAUGGCCGCGUAACUGGCAACUGCUCAGUCGAUUCAUCAAUGUGCAACUCCUCCCAGUGGUCAUAUGUUGUUGAAGUGACUGACGGAGUUAAUGGAACAGGUAUUGCCGGCAUCACUAUCCGCCAAGGGAACGGCACACUCAACACGAGCACAGUGUCUGGGCCCGGUGGGGAGAACAUCACAGUGGCUUCCUACCAGGCUUCCUGCUGUGCAGACAGGGUGGCGCUGGCUGCUGUAGACAAUACAGGAAACGUGGGCGUUUGCAUGGCCCAGGUGGCUGAUCUUUUUUCACCAAUGUGCCUGGAGGUCAGUACAUCCAGCUGUCCAACCUCUUCAUCACCCUGUAGCUCCUCUCAGUGGGAAUAUGUGGUCGACGUGACUGGUGUUAAUGGAGUUAGCAGAGAGAACGUUACUAUCCUUUUAGGGGAUGGUACUCUCACCACAAGCACAGUGGCCGGGCAAGAGAGGCGCCCACCAAUGUCCCGACAAUUCCAACGCCGAUCCGACUCCAACUCCGACUCCAAAUCCGACUCAAACUCUAAUGUGACAACCAACAGUACGGGCACUGGAGGGCACACCGUGAGCACAACACUUCAUGUGUGGAUACCUGUGGUGAUACUACCACUUUUGAGAUGUGUUUUAGAACUUUAG